AAUGCCAACCUAUUCUCAUUUAUUUUCGUUUGAUCUCACUGAUCUUGGUCAAAUUUGAAUGAACUGAGUUUAUUUAAUGAAUGAAAAAUAUUCAUGAAAAAUCUCAUCGCCAUCGUAUGAAACAACUUAUUAAUUUCUAAUUUAGAAAUUGUCCAAAUAAUUAUGGAAACAAUUGAUGAAACGUUACUGAAUGAUGACAAUGAUGAGGAUUUAGAUUACGAUUUGGACCCCAAGGAAGAAAAUGCCCUUCUUCAAGAAGAAGCAGACUUUUUGGUGCAGGAAUAUGAGGAUGAAGAUGUUUUGGACAUCAAUGUUGACUAUGACCAAAUGGAUGUUUCAGAUGAUAAGUUGGAUUCAGCUUCAUCAGACAAAUCUAAAAGGGAUGGUGAAACCAUUGUAAAUAGAAGAAACGCCCAAAUAUAUAAUAAUGGGAAGUCUGACAAAUUCAAAAAUAAUUAUCGGAUCCAUAAAGGAGGCUCAUUUAACUCUAUUAGAAAUCGUGUUAUGAAACGUUCCAAGACAGUACUACUCAACCCUAGAUUCAAGGGACCCCUAAAUGUAAAUGGCAGACAGUUGGCAUGGGAAACCCCAUCACCAGUUUUGAAUGAAGUGCAAAAAAAUCACCAUUAUAUUCAACCUUGGAUAUCUGGCAAUGUUCCUAAUCAAGCAUUUCAACAGAAUCAUAUUGCUGUCAAUAAUUACAAUCCUCCUCAGUUUGUUCCGAAUAACUCAUAUAUGUAUAUGAAUCAACAACAACCAGUACUACAAUCGCAACCUUUCGCACAACCUCAGGUUUUUAUUAACCCACCUCCUAUGAUGGAUCAAGCAUUAUUUUCAAAUCAAAAUAUGAUGCCCCAACAGCCGACAUUGCAGAUAGGCCAUGGUAUAAACAAUUAUCAAAAUCCCCCAAUGUCUCAAACAGAGCAAAUUCAACAGGUAUCUGAAGCGCAAAAACUUCCGGUUCAUCAAAGAUUGGGUGUUCCCAUGAGUAAUUUCAAUACAUCUAACAAUCAAAUGUGCUACGACAAUAAUCAGCCUUUUCAAAGUCCAAUCCCAUUUGAGAAUCAUCAGUUCAAUCAAUUCAGCCAAACUAUUUUCAAUACAAAUGAACAGUUUGUAGAUAUGAACCAACCUUCCAUGGACAACAAUCAGUUUUUGAAUAAGAAGUUUGAUAACUAUUCAAAUUUCAACAGAAAACAGCAUAGGAAGUUCACAGGAAAUCAAAAUGUUAACAAUAGCGUUGGCAAUAAUAGGGUAGUGUUGCCAAGGAAAGCAGAUGUCUACAAUCAAAAGUUAUUUCUUUCAAAAAAUUCACAACCGAGUGAUCAUUCUCAGAAGUUGAAGGUUGAAAAUAGUUCAAGUUCUAAUAUUUUGGUUGUCCCUGAUGAUGAGGAUGAGGAAACUCGCCAAUAUAGAAUUAAAAUAGAAGAACAGAAAAGAAAACGGGAAGAAGUCCUCCGGAAAAAAGAAGAAAAUAGACUUAAAAAUUUAUCAGAUGUCCCUGAUACCUCCACUCCACCACUUGUACAUAAAGUGGUCAGUCAUCCUGCUCGACCUUUACAUCAAAAAAAAUUUAAUUAUCAGCAUCGAUCACAACAUUAUCCAUUUGUAAAAACGCAAGUUAACACUAACAAUAUUGUGAUAACAGGGAAUGACGACCAGUGCCAUUUCAAUUCACGUCAUAAUAAAAAGAAAGGCAGUUAUAAUAAAGGUGGUAAAAACCUUGCUAUGAGAGUUGUAACUGCCGAACCACUUUUCACUACUAACAUCAAUUCAAAAAUUGAACCUUUUGAUAAAGAAGUCGAUCCCAAUAGCUUGUCGUCCUUCCUUAGCAACCGAACCGUUUCAACACAGGAAAAUUUAAUGCAAACCAAAAUUGUUGUGAUUAAGAAUCUUGCAACUGCAACAACAGAACCAAAGUUAAUGAAAUUGUGUGGGGGUAUUGGAACUGUUCAGGCCAAGGCAGUUUUAUUUUGAAAAAAGUACUUCUACGAAGCUAACAACAUGAAAAUUAUAGAGAAUCUUUUUUUAUUGAUGAAAUUUUAUUGUUUUUAAGAUAUUCAUUGAGUUGAGUGUUUUUUGUACUAUAAUUGGCUAAUUACCAAAAAUGCCAAAUAGAUGUUAUGUAGUUGUUUUUUAUAUAAAUAUAAAAAGACUCGGUUUUCAAUCGGAAAAUAAGUAAUUUCUCGAUUAUUAACGGAGAUUUUAUUUUAUUUGAUAUGCUUUGAAAUCCAUUUUGAUGAAUGGUAAUAAUUUUUUAAGUCCGUUUCUUAUUUAUUUUUGUUGAUUUUGUUAUUUGUUUUCCAAAGAUACAUUUUUGGGUUAUUUUUUAUUUUUUCAUAUUAAAAUGAAGUAGAACACUAUUGGAUAAGUAAAUAAUUCAUUAUAACUGAUAAUUUAAGCCAAAAAUUGUUUUUAUUUUUACAUAAAAGAGAGCGGAAUAGAGAAUGUUAAUCAAAAUGAAAUAUACCUUUAUAUCCACUGUUUACCUUGAAAAAGUUUUAUAUUUUUAUAACAUUUUAUGAUUCGAGGUUUUUGUGUUCUUUUAGUUUUUUAAGAAUGUUGCAGCAUAUGUUUUAUUUAUUUUUAUAUUUUCUAAUAAAUUCGUCCUGAUGACUAUUAAUUUUCAAUAAAAUAUCAAAACAAAUGAGUUUACAAUCAUUUUUGUUUGUGGUUUAUAAGACAAUUAUUAAUGUAUUGCUGGAGAUCAACUUAACUUCAAUAUCACAUUUUUUUGUGUUAAAAAUGAUAAGUUCAUGGUGCAAUUAAUUCAUAAUAAUAUACACUACUUCAAAAUACAGUAAAAGCUGUCUUGGUUAUCACUACUUCUAAUUUAUAUUAUGUAGUAUCUUUUAUGAAUGGAUUUGUUAAAAAUCAUCCAUUUCUGAAUGAAUCAUGGAAAAUUCAUUAAAUAUUUGUGAUUGGAAUGGCUGUGAUAUUCUUAUAAAUUUACUACAAUUUUAAGAAUAGUGUAUAUAUUCUGUUCAAAAGUGAAUGCGGAUUUUUGACGAAUUACAUGGAAUAUUAUUUCAGGGAAAAUGUUAGAUUUAUAUGGUUUCUUUUAAACAGGUUUUGGGGGUGAAUUAUAAGGUGCGUAACUAAGUUAUCGCUGUUUUUUUUUUAUGAAAAUGCAACCUUACUGUGGAAAAGCUACUACUUUUUCCUAUCUUUCUGGAAAUCUCGAAUUCCUUUACGGUAAAAGUGUUCAUCUUAUGAGGCCAUCUACGAAUCAAGUCAUUUUUUUUGUCUUCAUGCAAGUGGAAUUGCUGAGACAGACCAGAUGAGCAUUUCCAUAUAGGUUUUAACGGGUUUAGCCACAUAAGGCCGAGAGUCGUCAUGCUGUAGAAUCACUUUAUCGUGCCUCUGCUUGAAUUGUGGCUUUUUUCGUACAGUGCUAGGCUCAAUCGCAUAAAUAUUCAUUUGGUCGAGUUGAUGACGUAGAAGCAUGACCGGGCAGUCCACAUGACUUUCUUAUCUUUAGGUUGCUGUAAGAGAUUUUA